AUUCCACUCCAUACCAGGGGGUGGCAGUAUGGAGUAGAAAUACUCUGUUUACUGACGAAUCCGAAAAGAAGAAGGUUCCAUCUUGUCUGCCUUUCCCCUUGUUUACUUCAAAUGUCAGACUCAGCUGGUCCGUUCAGGUACAUCUACUGGAUGAGAUGGCCACGAUUCUUCUCGUUACAUUGUAUGAAUACUCUCCACUCUUCUACAUCGCUGUGGUUUCUCUGUGUUUUGUCGUGACCGCUGCCAUCGUAUUGGGUUGGUUUGGCUUUGAUGUCCCAGUGUUUCUUCUGAGCCAUGAGGAUUCAGAGUCCACAGUGUCGACUCCUGAGAAACUAAUGGUUCAGGAGACCAAUCCGUUUUCUCUAGCACUGGGAUCUGGGUCAGCAUGUGUCAGUGAUGGUGUAUCACUGAAACCUUGCUGCUUGGAGCCUUGUGUACUGAGCUGUUUCUGGGGCUGUGAAGUCGGAGCUCUGCAGGAGGCGCUGCGCACCCAUCAACAAAACCUGAGGCUCACAAGUCCUCAACACUUCCUUGAAGCGCUGCACCAUCACUUCCACUACCAUCAAACUUUCUAUAUCCGCAGCGAAGACGAAAAGGAAUGUCACACCUGCAUCCCUGCUGACCAGAGGAUUCCAGAUUUUGGGCCGUUGCCAAGGAAACACUAUCCUCUCGUGGCUGUCCUGACUCUGGCAGAAACUGAGGCCAGAUAUCUAUACAAUAUUGUGGCAAAUGUAAUCGUUAUUCAUGUUCCUGAUGGGAAAUACAAUCUUUCUGCACGGAUUCUCUUCCAGUAUCUUCUUACCUCACAAGGAUACAUGCAUGAAUUAAAACCACUCUUUAUGUCGGCUGAAGGUUCUGGGCAGCUGGCUGGAGAACAGAUGGAGGGAAGUCCUGACCGAAGGGAGAGCGACUGGUCAGAGGAGACGGGUAGAAACUGUGUGGAUCCCUCCAGAGAUGGAGUAGGAGACAUUGUCCUGUCUCCCACCACCUGCUCUGGGUCAAGGGGCGCCUUAGAGCCGGCCGUCCUGAUGAACUUAUCCAACUCCCUCUCAGCUGUAGAGAAGCUGCUGCUCCAACACAACACCAGCUGGUUGAAUCAAAGACAGAACUAAAAUGUGAACAUCCCUGCCAUAGAACAGGGGUAUUCAGCUCCAUUGGUCCAACACAACUGAAUCAAGUGACAGACAGAAUCCUGCUGAUGACCUAAAUAUGUGACUCAGGUGUGUUGAAGCAGAGACACAGCAGGACUCCGGCCCUGGAGGACUGGAGUUGAAGACCCUUCCAUAAACGAUGCCUGAUGCCAUCACAGGAUCAUAAGGUCCUCAGCAGGUUGAGGACCUUAUGACAUCUACCUGCAGGUAGUCUUCUUUGUAAAGAGCAUCAGUCGCUUUAGUCCACUUACUGUCCAGGUGGUCAUCAAGUCGACAGUAAAAGAAACCCUGAGUCUUGGAUCCCUGCUGGUGGAGGCUGCAGCUCAUUCAUAGCCUACAAAGCCAAGAGAUCCUGUCCUUGUUCUCUUGGUUUCCAUAAACUUGUAGUUUCACCUGGUUUUGGGAAUCCAACUAUUAGUAAAUAGUUGGAUUCCAACUAUUUAAGAUGUCAGAUAUUAUCCAAGUAUCUACUUCAUUAGUCAUAUAGAUUUACUUUUCACCUCUAAUUGUUGAUGCUGUGCUAAUUAUAAAUGUGCCAUAAAUCUGAUCUUCCUUUGAAAGUCAUUUCUCUGUUUGAAAGAAACUAUUCUAUCAGUUUACUGUUUUCAAACAGAUUUAUCUGCAAAGUGAAGGUUUGUGCUGUUUUUCUGCUUUACGGUUAAUGUUACAUUUAAUGUAAAUUAGUGUAAUGUUCAUUGGUUUGUUGUAACCAACAUUUUCUGAAACCUUACACAUUUUUCUGAAUAUUUAAAGUUAAAUUACAGUCAAAUAAUUGCAGUUUAACAAAGGCAGCAUCACAUAGCAACAAUCAUUUAGUUUAGCCAUGUCUUGAUGCAUCAUUGCAAUCAUUUUCCAUGUUAACUGCUUCUGCAUGAUCAUCAGUGAAUGGAGCUGCUGUAAAAAUGGAAUCUAAGGAUCCGUCCUCGCUUCAAGAACAGGUGGAUCUUAUUACUUAUGUUAAAUAUUCACAAACCAUAUUUCCAUUAGUAUCUCCUAAGCCACUGUGUAUCAGCUGGAGCAGGUCCAUCAGGAAAGUCAAUAGCUGGAAACAUUGAUCAGCAUGAACAGAAUCAUGUCUACACUUAUUAAUGAAGUGUGGGGAGGGAAAUAUCUACAUACAACCAUAAGAAUGUAUUAAUCUUAACCUGUGCUUAGCACAACACAACAGUGCGGAUGCAUGCGUUGCAGGCUCAGCACGACUGGUGGCACUUUACACUUUAUAGGCCCCAUAUAGUUUAAAACAAAAAGAUAUUUUGAACAAGUUUGAAUGAGGCAGAUUUGGCACCAAAUGUAACAGCAGAUUUUUAAUAUCUGCAAAUAUUUUCAGUUAGUUUUGCACUGGAAAGUUCUGCUGACAGCAUCUGUCAGGCCACCAUGAAUGAGGAACUGUAGAUCUCUGGGAAAAAAUCUGCAGUUUGGAAUCAUCUUUCUG